AUGAACAUGCGACUCAACUUCCUGCUGUUACACAGGUCACAUCAAGUCUUGAAGUCAUGCUGGGGGAUGAGCUCCCCGUGCCGGCUGGGAUCCAUCAGCACCUCCAGGGAGUGGCUGCGCAGCUUCUUGCUGCUGAAGGUGGUGACGGUGCUGGUUUUCCCCCACGAGGCCGUCCUCCCCCUGCUGGCGGGCUGCGCGUGCAGCAUGAGGGCCGCGCUGCUGCUGCUGCGCUCACCCAACGUCUCCGCCAAGCCCUCCACGGUGUUCCUCGCCCAGCUGGCUCUGGCCGACGGCCUGGUGCUGCUGCGGUGGGCCGUCCGGCUGGGGGCCGGUCUGCUUUUGGGCACCGAGAGCGAGGCGGGCUGCGAGGAGCGGGCCUUCUGCCGGAGGGACGCCGUGAGCGCGGUGUGUCAGCAUCUGCUGGACGCUCACCACCUGGCCUCUCUGCUCCUGCUGGGCCUGCUGGGGCUGGAGGCCCUGCUGGUCACCCGCUGGCCUCUGCAGACCCGGAGGCUCAGGACUUCUCGCUGGGCCCAGCUCAGCUGCCGCCUGGUCUGGGCGCUCGUGCUGCUCGAACUCGUGUCGUUGCUGCACUUUCGGAUUCUCAAACAAGACUUUAACCUCUCGAUGCUCCCCGCUCUCUCAGUCUGCCUGAGGAAGACUCUUUGGCUGAUGGACUCCUGGCUGCAUUACGCCGUCUUUGUCAAUAAGCCGCCGAGGAAAAAGAGCUCAUUUAGUUAA